AUGCCUCAAUUCACUCCCCUGCAGCUCAAACUACAUAUAAGAGACCACCAUGACCUCGGCUUCAACCUCGUCUCCAAGUACCCCGUGAACGUAGACCGUCCCCCGCACAUCCCCCUCCACGACCGCAUCCCACGAAACAACAUGGCCACUUCCUCCCCUUCCUCCUCCUCCGCCUCGGCUGCCCCCAUUGUGCCGAACUUGCCGCCCGUCUCGUCUCUGUCGACCGCCCCCAUCAAAGCCCAGAUCCAGGCCCUCGACCUGCUCUUCGAGCCCUCGACCGAGCUCCACGGCCUCGCCCUGCCAGCCCUCAGACCCAGGCGCGUCUCCGCCAACCCGGGCAUCUCCGCCGACCUGCCGCCGCCCCCCGGCGCGCCGCACCCCAGCGUCCCGGAGCCCGCCUUUACCUCCUACGCCCAGCUCAUCAAGCACAUCGGCACCCUCCUGACGCAGCUCGCCCGCUCCGCAGACGCCCCCGCCAAGCAGAAGCUCCACGGCAUCCUCGGCUCCCACCCGCGCCUCGGCGCCAAGAAGGUCGACAGCGCCCAGAGCCAGGCCGAGCAGGCGUCGCUCAACGCCGGCGCUGCCGACGAGGCCGAGAAGCUGCACCAGCUGAAUGCCGAGUACGAGGCCAAGUUCCCGGGGCUGAGAUACGUCGUCUUUGUGAACGGCAGGAGCAGGCCGGUCAUCAUGGAGAACAUGCGCCAGAGGAUAGAUAGAGGGGACAUCGACGAGGAAGAGCUGGAGGCCAUCAAUGCCAUGGUUGACAUUGCCCUGGACCGGGCCAAGAAGCUGCAGGCUACCGACUGA